CGAAGACAACAUGAAGAUUCCGGCAGCCCUCCUCAGCCUCGCGGCGUUGGCAUCAGGCCACACCAUCUUCCAGAAGGUGUCGGUCAACGGAGCGGACCAAGGCCAGCUCAAGGGCGUUCGUGCGCCAUCCAGCGACAACCCCAUCCAGAACGUCAACGAUGGCGAGUUCGCCUGCAACAAAGCCCUCCAGUUCAAGGACAACACCAUUAUCACAAUUCCCGCCGGGGCGAAGGUCGGCGCUUGGUGGGGGCAUGUUAUCGGGGGAGCACAGGGUUCAAAUGACCAGGAUAACCCGAUCGCUCGGAGCCACAAGGGACCCAUCAUGGCAUAUCUCGCCAAGGUCGACAACGCAGCCACCGCGGGAACAUCGGGGCUCAAGUGGUUCAAGAUUGCCGAGGACGGCCUGAACGGCGGAACCUGGGCAGUCGACACCAUGAUUGCCAACCAGGGCUGGAACUACUUCACCAUGCCGACAUGCGUGGCGCCCGGCGACUACCUCAUGCGCGUCGAGCUGAUCGCCCUCCACAGCGCCCAGCAGCAGGGCCAGGCCCAGUUCUACAUGGAAUGCGCACAGAUCCACGUUACCGGUUCUGGAACCAGCACUGGCACCGACCUUGUUAGCUUCCCUGGAGCUUACAGCGCGAACGAUCCUGGCAUUCUUGUCAACAUCUACGAUACCAUGGGUAACCCGAAUGGCGGUGGAAGGCCCUACACCAUUCCAGGACCUCGACCUUUGACUUGCUGA